AUGUCAAACUCCCUUUUCGGGAUCAACCAAAUUAACAAAGAACUCCUUUUUACCAUUGAUGAUGAGGGACUGUUGCACCAAAUCUAUGGGAAAUUUCCCCAAGAAAUAGAUCGUCUCAAGCGUGCUUAUUCUAUCAGCGACAAGCACAUUACCCACCCUUCGAAACCAUCGCCGUCCCAGAUCCUCUUUGGAACUCAGUAUGAGGAAGUCAAUCGCACCCUCGUCAGCGUCCUGUCGCUUCGAUGGAUCUACCGCGAUCAGUACGAGGUCUUCACGAGAACGCAGCCGAGUCCUGUUGUGCUGACGCGCCCAUCCUUCGACUGGGUGCGGGCUGUCUUCAUGAAAAGGCUCGAAUGCCCGGAGGAUCUCUAUGCGUUACUUGUGUAUAUUGUUAUCAACGACCUCGGAAAAGACCCUCAGCUUGCGACCGACUACCUCUUCAAGACAGGCGAAGAUAUCUCAUCUCUGAAUCACGACAUCAUUCUCCUCAAAGCUGUCAAAGCCGGGCUCGUUCCCUCAGUCGACAGCCUUUCACAAAGACACAAAGAAGAGAUCAUCCGCGGCAUCCAGCUCGGCGCGGAGUUCAACCCUGGCCAGCUGGCACAGUCGGAAAACGCGACUGCAUGUCUGUUCAGCUUGGUCAGAAUGAGGGGCCGCGAGGAGGAAUUCAGGUUCCACUUCAUGCAACAGCUGCUCGAUAUCUCUGGCGCCGCAGGACACGAGGACUGGACCUGCGCCAAGAAGCUCAUCCAGCCUAUCGCCGAAGCAUACCGGAAUGUCUACGAGGUAGCGAUGGGAAUCAUCUCUGACGACCAGGGACUGCGGGAAGCGUAUGAUGUGAUUCUUGUUCGGCGAUGCGAGAUGCUCCACCGGAACGGGUUCAGGUCGCUGCAUGUCACGCAGCCGGAAGAUCGGGCGAUGAUGAGGCUGCUCUGCAUGGGCGGGGUCUCCGACGCUGUGCUGGCGGGGGUGUAUUGGUCGGCGUGGGAAAUGCUCGACCAUCGCACGAAAGGCAACCUCGUUCACUCUCUGAACGUCGAUGGAUCAGUCGCCGAACCUGCCAUCCAGCCGACCUAUUACCCAGCCAUGCUUGCGCAGGGGCUCCGUGGGGCGGCGGAGCUAUCGCGGGAAGAGCAGGUGCGAAGGCUACAAAGCAUGUUGCGGUACUUAUCGCGCGUGAUGGCUUCGACGGAGGGGCAGGAUGGUCAGGCGGUGGUCAUUGAGCGGAGUGUGCUGUGGGUGGUGAAGGAUACUGUGCAGAGCCAGGCUUUUCAAGACGACCCCACAGUCCUGGACAGGACAGCGGUUCCCAGGAGUGCGAUAGCAGUGCCCGCUUUGAGGCGAGAGAUCUCACCACCAACGUUCCCGUGA